CCAAAAUUAUUGCAUUAGCGGGAGGGACGGAGAAAGUUCGCACUUUGCACCGACCGCUUUGACAUUUUCAGGUUCUCCUCCUCACGCGGAUCAACUACGCAGACAGUAACAUCUUCCUCUCUCCGCUACAAUCUCUCUUAUAACUCCCAUCAAUAAUAGAAAAAGAAAAAAAGGUCUGGUAUUCAGUUUCAUCGAAGCCUUUCAAGAGAGAAGAAGCAAAUCGAACUCAAAAACGCACAGUAGCAGUCUCUCCACACACAUGGCCUCGCUUUCCUUAACCAAUUGUUGUUUCCUUCCGCGACUCACUGGGCCGAAAUCCUCGUUAGAUCCUCGGCUACGAUGCGAAAACUUCCCCUUCCCAGUACCACCUCGUUACUUGCUCUCCCACCGUUCGGGACGCCGGUGCUCUGCUCUGUCCCCUUCGGAAUCUCUCGUCACCGACUCCGUGCCGUCAGAAAGUGGAACAUACAAGGUUGGGGAUUUCAUGACGAAGAAGCAGAAUUUACACGUAGUGAAACCCACAACAACUGUCGAUGAAGCAUUGGAGGCUCUAGUGGAGAAGAGGAUAACUGGAUUUCCUGUGAUUGAUGACGACUGGAACUUGGUUGGUGUUGUUUCAGAUUAUGAUUUAUUAGCUCUCGACUCUAUAUCAGGUGGAAGUCAAAAUGAUGUGAACAUGUUCCCUGACGUCAACAGUUCUUGGAAAACAUUCAAUAAGAUCCAGAAACUGCUAAGUAAGACAAAUGGUAAAGUUGUUGGUGACUUGAUGACAUCUGCUCCGCUUGUCGUUCAUGAAACCUCCAAUUUGGAAGAUGCUGCUAGGUUGUUGCUAGAAACAAAAUAUCGAAGACUGCCAGUGAUAGAUGAUAAUGGCAAGCUGGUCGGAAUCAUUACCAGGGGAAAUGUUGUCAGAGCUGCCUUGCAAAUAAAACAUGCCACUGAAAGGUCAACAUAGAUUGAAAUUCACCGAAGUUCAAUACCACCGUCACAUCGAUGCUGCAAUUCUUUCUACGAGUGCAUGGCUUUUGCAUUUAUUGUACAAGAUACGUUGUUAGCAGGAUUCAAAAAUUUAGAGGGAAGCGGUGAAUCAAUCUCUUGCAUAGAGAAGAGAGCACAGGAUGAUAUUUUGGUAAGCUUGAAUUUAAAACAGUAUAUAUAGCUUUGGUAAAUUUGGUGUGAAGUAGGAGACAAACUUUUCCUGGGAGUCAUUUAGGGUUCUAUAGGUUAUGUAUUAUAGAUGAUGAUUCUUUUUGUGACAGCUGAUUAGCUGCUGCGUAGGAAACAUUAGCUUCUGGAUUCCAGUAAUGUGUGCUAUUGGCCCAAGUGACAAGUAUUUGAUAUAAUUGUUGAAUUUUGCUUUGUUGUUUAAA